UUCUGAGCACUUAUUGUGUGCCAGACCCUGUGCUAGGCACUCAGAAACAGAAGUGGUUCCAGCCCUCAGGAAGCUUAUAGCCAAAAUGAUCCAGGUCCAAUUAAGUACCUGAAAUCCGACCUUUGUGCCAACAGAUGCAGAAAGGGGUGUUACUUCCGGCCCUCCCACCCAUAUCCUGAACAAACUCGGUAACCUGCUCGGUUCGGCAAACUCUCAUUCCCCAUGGGGUAUUUACGUAUAUAAUUUUAGCCACCAGAGGGCAGUCACACUUAAAAAACACUUCCAAAGGGGAAGAAAAAAGACCCACCCAUUCCUUGAAAGGCCAUGGAGAGGGGUGGGGGGUUCCUGGACUAGAGUCAAUCGACAUUGUGGGACUCACUCCAAUGGGGACAUAGCCCAGCACCCAAACUACUCUUCCACUUCAGGCCUCAGGGUCACACCAAUUUAGCCCGAGGCUCUGGUCCCUUGAGUGGAGGAUGAUGUAAUGGAAACUGACAUGGACCAUAAUGAAGUAGCUCAGAGGGUCUGCCAAAUCAAACACUUCAGAAGUUAACUGCAUAGGAACCCCUACUGGGAGGGGCCUAGGGCACCCACACACCCACCACCCUUCAAGUCCUCACUGAAGAGAGUCAUUCAGUGAGUAUGUAUUGAGCAGUAUAUAUUCAACAACCAGCCCUGUAUGGGCAGGGGAAAAAUAGACUUGUUCUGACUCCAAAGAGGGGUCUCGCUUUGCACAAUACUAUGAGAAGGCAGGAAGGACAGCCCCACGGCCAAGAGCGUCCAGUUAGGAUGCCCCUCCUCUCUGUUCCAGGAGAAGCACGCAGGAGGCCACCCAAGACAGUAGCCUCUCCAGAUGCAGCAUGCAGCCCUUAUCCUCGGGGUCCUGCCAGUGAAGGUUGUGCUUCCAGAAAACCCAGGCCUUCUCUUUCCUAGCCUAGGUGUGGCCAUUUGGAGAAUGUUCUAUCAUUCUCAAGACUGGAUGGUGACCUGUCCUCAUGGCAGCCUGGCACAGCCCCAGAAGGGGAAUUCUUCAGCCACCAGACGUCCCCUUCCAGACACUGAAGGCCCCAGUAAGGCAAACUGUAUCCUUCGCUCAAGGAAGAUGGAGAAUAGAAGUGUUGUUCAAGGCCAAGCCCCAGGCAUGAGAGGGUUCAUCCAGAGUCCUGUGUCUGAGGACAGGAGGGAAGCGGAAGAGGCAUGCAGCCGAAGCAGAAAUGUGGGCCAAGAAGAUGUGAGCCGGGACACAACGCAGGAGCGGAGGGUAAAGAAGAUGCAGCCAAAGAAUGGAGGGAGGAAAGAAAAGAGGGAACAGUGGUGGGGAGGGGAAGACAAGACAAAUGUGAUUGGUCCCUGUUUGGGGGAGAGAUAUAAGCCCAGCAGGGGCACCCUUGAGCAUCUGGGGACCCUCUGCAGAGCUCCUGAUAUUGGCUGGGGUGAACCCUCAGUGUCACUGCCUUGUCUGCCACUAGAAUCUGACAGGCUGGCCGGCAGGCACAGGGGAGCCUUGGCAGUGACGGGACAUCCCCACCCCCUGGUAGCCAGGGGCAACCUCUUUGGGGCCUUCCAGGAAGAUAAGCUGCCUUCUUAGUGUUUCUGGCUCUUCUAGUUCAACAACAUAGACUUAGGGUUUCUGGCUGAAAACACACGUCUCCCAAGAGGCAGAUUCAUGGCAUAUGGUCAUACAAAAGGAUCGUCACCCGCCAGAGUGAAGGCAAGCUCCCUGCAGUCCCUGUGGCCAGUUUGGGGCACGGUUGCCACCCUUACGCCAAAGGGUUGGGUGAGGAAACAGGCUCUUGAAGCUUCUGAGGUUUACAAAGGCCUGAAACAUCCCAUGUUUGUAUCCUGUUUACACUGUGCGCCCACUGUCAGCCCACCGCAGAGCGGGACUCUCCCCGUACAACACUGACCUUUCCCUCCCUGACUUCUUUUAGUACGAAUAAUCAAUAGCCCAGAUUUAUCUCUCAACUCUCUUCUUAAUAUUCUUUCCCUUUGAGUUAUUAUUGUCUUCUUUAAUUGUAAAUGCUAGAGCUUCUUGGUUCCUGGUAUACGAGGACUGAGAAAACAGUUGGGGCUGGGGCUUGGUCAGAACACAUAGAUGAAUGUGUGUUAGAUUGGUCCUCCCAGGCUGUCAGAUUGUUGUGACUUGAGAAUUCUGAAGAACCUGGCUAACCAAGAAUAUCUCCCUCCUCCCAGCUGACCUGCCUAGAUGUCUGAAAUUCCUAUCUUUUAUGUCAUUCCCUGAUGACUUCUAGAGAAGUGUUUAUUUUAGUUGGACAAAAUGCUAUUACCUGGGAGAGGCAGUGUGUUAGUCAGCUAUCACCCUAGUAAGAAUUGGGUUGCUUAAUUAAUUUUUGUUACGAUGUGGAGACUAGAAGCCUUAGAAAUGGAGUCCUAGGCCAGGAUGUUUUGGGUGUCAGAGGUGGGGAAGAGAGAGGUAAAGAAGGCUACAGUUCUGGGGCCUUGAGUGGUGACAGGUGACAGCACUGACUGGGUCAAGGAGGGUCCUGGAUGUAGUGAGAAAAGACACACCAAAGAGAAACUGGUUUUACAGUUUGCCUUAGGUAAGGCCACCUUGUACAUCCCAUAAGCAAGGUCUUAGGUCUCUGAAGGCAGGGACUGGCCGGUGUAUAUCUUGUACAUCCUUCAGACUGACCCACAAUACAUGGGUGUGUGUUCUCUUAGGUGACAGAAUGGAGCCAGCUGUGCACACAUAGUUCACUCAGUGAGGCCUCCCCAUCACCCCAGGGAGGGAUCUUGAGCUGCCUCCCCGGGGAGUUGGUCUUUUGCUCUUCUGGGGACUUGAAGGACUCAUGGCAAAAACCACAAGUGGAAUUAAAAGCCGGAGCAGCUCUACUAAGUGCAUUAAGGGACACAUUUCUCCAAAAAGCAAAAUUAGUAAAACAGAAACCAAAGCCUGUUUUCUGCAAAAUAAAAGGGUGCUCUCUCAGGCCCCCUUCUUGGCCCGGUGGUUACUCGUGGUUCCCAGUAAAUGACAGUUGCUCCAGAGGAGGGAGUCCUUUGGAAGCUGCCUGGUUUCCUGCAUCCCUGGGUCUGGCCCGUCUGGCUGGCGAGGGCCCUCCCAGCCUGCUCCCCUACAUGGGUUCGGUAAACCUCUGCUUUGUCUUUCCCCCAGGGGCCCGUCCUGUUUCCCAAAGCCCGGUGCCUUUGCACUGACUCCUCAAGAGAGGAGUCACAUGAGAUCCUCUGCUUCAUUUAAUUUUAGGUUAUUGUUGCUGCUGUCAGUCUAUUGAAGUACUUUAAUGAAUGCUCGUAUUGUUCUCAGGCUGGAGCCUUUUUCAAGUGAUCAGCACAUUAUAAAACACAAUAAUGAGUCUAAUUCCCACCCCCCCCCCAACACACACACGCGCGCGCACACACACACACAAUGGCAUCGCUAAGGCCCCCAGAUAUAUGCGGUGGUGAAGAGUCUGGGGCAGCAGAGCUGGGUUUGGUCCUGACUCUCCUGUCCAGUGCUGGUGACCUGAGGCAAGUCAUUCAUUCAUUCAUUCAUUCAUUCAUUUAUUCAUUCAUUCACUCACUCAUUACUGAAUGUGUGAUGAGCAAUUAUUCAGUAUCUCCUUGUGUCAUAUAAUCUCUGCAAAAUGUUAAUAAUACCUGCUCUUACUUUCCUGAUACCUUUCCUGACUGUUUAGAAGAGCUAAUGAGGGACGCCUGGGUGGCUCAGUCGGUUAAGUGGCCGACUUCGGCUCAGGUCAGGAUCUCGCAGACCGUGAGUUCGAGCCCCGUGUCGGGCUCCGUGCUGACAGCUCAGAGCCUGGAGCCUGUUUCAGAUUCUGUGUCUCCCUCUUUCUGACCCUCCCUUGUUCAUGCUCUGUCUCUCUCUGUCUCAAAAACAAAUAAACGUUAAAAAAUUAAAAAAAAAGAAGAGCUAAUGAAAUCAUAGUGUUCAAGGUAAACUGCACAUACAUAUGUUGUUUCGGCAAAAAGAUGAACACAAGGGGCGCCUGGGGGGUUCAGUUGGUUAAGCGUCUGACUUCGGCUCAGGUCACAAU